AUGAUUCAUCCAUUUGAUCCUAUCAAUGCUCAAGAAAUUAGAAAGGCUACUUCAAUUGUGAAAUCCCAUUUUUCUGAUGUGGGACCCUUAAGGUUUAAGAGUGUCGAUAUUUUGGAAGUUAAAAAGCUGGAGAUGGUUCCUAUAUUGGAAGACGAGUUGAAGGGUAUCCAACCUUCAAGAUUUCCUGAUCGAAGAAUUAAAGUUAAGUUUCAUAAACUUAAAGCAAGGCAAUUCGUUGAAGCUAUAGUUAAUAUCAGUUCUGGAAAUUUAGAAGAGUCAUCGAAUAUCAAUGGCGUUCAGCCUCCUACUGAUCCUGAUGAACAAAUUGAAAUAGAAAAUGUUUGCAAUAACAAUGAAAAAGUGAAAGAUGCCAUCAAGAAAUUGAAAUUACCACCAGAUGUCCAAAUUAUUAAUGAUCCUUGGAUUUACGGAACUGAUAGCCCAAAUGAAACCCGUCGUUUAUUUCAAUGUUAUAUGUAUGCUUCAUUUUCUGAUGAUCCUGAAUUCAACUAUUAUGCUUGUCCUUUACCAAUUGCACCGAUAUUCGAUGCAGAAUCCAAAGCAUUAGUUUGUAUUCAAAGUCUUCCUCUUGAUAUCGAUCCAAUUGAUCGAGGAUCAAACAUUGCUCCGUUCAAGGGUUUAACCAAAAAUGAAUACUCAGCUACUGGACUUGGUGCUCAAAACAUCUCUAAAGAUCUUAAACCUUUAUUAAUUGAACAAUUUGAAGGCCCAUCCUUUAGCACUAACCAAAAUGAAGUUAGUUGGCAGAAUUGGAAAUUUAGAGUAGGUUGGAAUCCAAGAGAAGGGUUGGUAUUCUAUAAUAUUAGAUUUGAUGGUCGUUCUAUUUUUUAUAGACUUGCAUUAAAUGAGAUGACAGUUCCGUAUGGUGACCCACGUUCUCCAUUUCAUAGAAAACAAGUUUAUGAUUUAGGCGAUUCUGGAUUUGGCAGUAAUGCUAAUUCAUUAGGUUUAGGCUGCGAUUGCUUAGGUUUCAUCAAAUAUUUUGAUGGUGCUAUCACUAAUAGUGUUGGUGAACCUGUCAAAUUGAAGAAUGUGAUUUGCAUGCAUGAAGUCGAUAAUGGUAUUCAGUGGAAACAUACAAAUUACCGUGCUCCACAAGUUUCAUCAAUUGUAAGAAAAAGAGAACUUGUUAUUCAAACUAUAGCAACUGUUUCGAACUAUGAAUAUAUUCUUAUGUAUUACUUUGAUCAAGCUGCUAAUAUUAGACUUGAAGUUAGGGCCACUGGUAUUUUAUCAACCGUUCCAUCGAAAAAGGAUGCGUUGCUUCCCUUUGCUACAAGACUUGGCACUGCAAUACAAGCUCAUAAUCACCAACAUAUUUUCAACUUACGUAUUGAUCCAGCAAUGGAUAGCUAUACUAAUAAUUCCAUCGUAUUUGAAGACGUGGUUCCUUCAGAUGAAAAUGUUGAUAAAUUUAAAGAUCCAUUUGGUGUUUGUUUUGUUGCGAAACCACAAACUGUUAAGAGUCCUGGUGCAUUUGAUUUCAAUCUUGAAACUGGGAGAUAUUUUAAAAUGACUAAUCCCAAUGUAUUGAACAAAACUUCUUUGAAGCCAAUUGGUUAUAGGUUAUGGCACAUCACAUCUCAAAUGAUGUUAAUGAAGCCUGGUUCCUAUAAUGUUCAAAGAGGAAGAUACUGUACCAAGCCAUUUUGGGUAACCAAAUAUAAUGACGGUGAAUUAUACGCUGCUGGUGAGUAUACUAAUCAAAGUACACAUGAUAGCGGAUUGGGUAUUUGGGCCGCAAGAAAUGAAGAUAUCGAAAAUGAUGAUUGCGUAUUGUGGCACACUUUUUCUCUUACUCAUAUUCCAAGACCAGAAGACUUCCCAGUAAUGCCAGUCGAUAUGUUGUCUUUGGAAUUACGUCCUAGUGGAUUUUUUGAUAAGAAUCCUGCCUUAAGUGUUCCUCGUUCAAAUCCUAUUGUAAACCGUUCAAAGAAAGUUGAUAAUUCUGACUGUUGCAAGAUGUAA